GUGGGGUUUAUGGCAAAACCGACAGUGCCUGAGGAACUCCAGUGUGUUACACGGAACAGGCGUUUAAUGCGUUCCGCAAGAUAGCAUCAAGAGACUGUGGAGGACAAAGUUGCCGAGUGGUGGUUCCAGUUUGUGUGUGCGGGCAUCUUGUGGCGUACCUGAGGAAGUCGUUUAAAUAUGGCAGCCAAUAAGAGUAAGAAUCAGAGCUCGCUGGCCCUGCACAAGGUCAUAAUGGUGGGCAGUGGAGGUGUAGGAAAGUCUGCACUCACACUUCAGUUUAUGUAUGAUGAGUUUGUUGAAGAUUAUGAGCCCACAAAGGCUGACAGCUACAGGAAGAAAGUGGUGUUGGAUGGAGAGGAGGUGCAGAUUGACAUUUUGGACACGGCGGGGCAGGAAGACUACGCAGCUAUCCGAGACAAUUAUUUCCGUAGCGGCGAGGGUUUCCUGUUGGUGUUCUCCAUAACAGAGCACGAGUCUUUCACGGCCACUGUGGAAUUCAGGGAACAGAUUCUGCGGGUUAAAGCGGAGGAAGAUAAGAUUCCACUGCUUUUGGUUGGAAAUAAGUCGGACCUUGAGGAUCGGAGACAGGUUUCGGUGGAUGAGGCCAGAGGAAAAGCUGAGGAGUGGGGCGUGCAGUAUGUAGAGACUUCGGCUAAGACACGAGCCAAUGUGGACAAGGUGUUUUUUGAUCUAAUGAGGGAGGUUCGGUCUAAAAAAAUGUCAGAAAAUAAGGACAAAAAUGGGAAGGGAAAGAACAAGAAGAACAAGAAGAGUUUCAAAGAGCGAUGCUGUUUACUUUGAAUUGCACUUGGACUUUUCCACGCCAAAACGACUUUCAACUCUUAAGUCAGAGCCUUUUCUUUAUUGUUUUGUACUGGUCGAGGGAACGCCAUUAUCGCAAUCCUAGUUCUUCAUUCACUCAUUCAUUUUAACACCUAGAUCGAGAGGUAAUCAUACUUCUUUUGGACGAUGACCACUAUGUAUGGCUACUUGUAAAGAAGACUGGCACUUUAGGACUUUCAUAAAACUGUGGUCACCAUGCUCCCAACACUAACUUUAUUAUUUCAUAAUUUAUCUGUGCUUACAGUGUUGUGUAGAAAAAUCUAUAGUAAACAGUCAUUAUAUGCACACCCAUCAAGUUUUUUUUAUGGAAUUAUUUGAAUUCAGUCUGAGGAAGUGACAUCAUUAUGGCAUAGGCGGCAAGUAACCUUUUUUAGAUCAGUAUGUAUGUUCUGUAACAAUACCGUGACAUUCAAAUGUACAAAUCAUGCUGUUGAAAAGCACACACGCUACUGAGAGAGAGAGAGCUGUAGCACAGACUAACAGAGUCCCCUGCUGGUUUAAAAAAUGCACCAUAGCAGGAUGGGUUUUUAAACGCUUGCAAGUUAACCUCUGACUGCUUUGUCAUCAUGGAUUUAUGUAAUAUUGAAAUAUUUUUGUAGAAUGUUACGUUUCCAUCACUGUCUUAUGAAAAGAAUGUAUUCAAUGUCCAAAAUGUGCCAACAAAGCAUCAUCAUAAGAAAACUGAUGACUUUAUAGCAUUCCCCAUCUGAAAUUUGGAAAGUAAGGCAUGUUUUUUUUCGUGUUUGUUCAGCACUCUGGACUGAUGAGGAUUUCAGCAGUACUUGAAAAGUGCUCUUUUAUACGAAUGUCACCUGACCUACACUGCAAUUUUUAUUGUAGUUUUCCACUGGCUUUUAGACAAGUUAAUCCAAAAUAUGUUGCCAAAUAAACAUUUUCUCCUUUGUA